GCAAACACACGCACGACGUCGCGCCGUCACAGCCGUCAGAAUGCGAUUGUUACUAUUCACGUUGGCCGUCCUGGCUGCAUUGACUUAUGUCGAAUCAGCGGACAGCAAAGCGCGUAUAGUAUGCUACUUCAGCAAUUGGGCGGUGUACCGGCCAGGAGUGGGGCGUUACGGCAUCGAAGACAUCCCUGUCGAUAUGUGCACUCACAUCAUAUACUCAUUCAUCGGCGUCACGGAAAAGGACAGCAAAGUUUUAAUCAUUGAUCCUGAGUUGGAUGUCGAGAAGAAUGGAUUCCGUAACUUUACGUCUUUGAAGUCUACACAUCCGAACGUCAAGUUCAUGGUUGCCGUGGGCGGUUGGGCUGAAGGAGGGGCGAAAUACUCCCACAUGGUUGCGCAGAAAACAUCAAGGACGUCCUUCGUGAAUAGCGUAGUCGAUUUCUUGAACAAAUACAACUUUGAUGGCCUGGAUUUGGACUGGGAGUAUCCUGGUGCGACAGACCGUGGCGGAUCUUUCUCUGACAAGGACCGAUUCUAUUACCUAGUUUCUGAGUUGGAUAGAGCAUUUAAGAAGCAGGUUAACAAAAAUUGGGAGCUGACUGCAGCUGUUCCUAUGGCUAACUUCAGGCUGAUGGAGGGUUAUCAUGUUCCAGAACUUUGCAAACUACUUACCGCAGUCCAUGUGAUGUCAUACGAUCUUCGUGGAAAUUGGGCUGGGUUUGCUGACGUCCACUCUCCUCUGUACAAACGUUCACAUGACCAGUGGGCCUAUGAAAAACUGAACGUGAACGAUGGUCUUGCCCUAUGGGAGGAAAAGGGCUGUCCCUCGAACAAACUGGUCGUCGGCAUUCCCUUCUAUGGCCGUUCCUUCACUCUCUCCGCUGGUAACAACAACUAUGGACUUGGAACUUUCAUCAACAAGGAGGCUGGGGGUGGUGAUCCGGCACCAUACACCAAUGCUACGGGAUUCUGGGCUUACUAUGAGAUCUGUACGGAGGUAGAUAAGCCAGAGUCGGGUUGGACUAAGAAGUGGGAUGAUCAAGGCAUGUGCCCCUACGCUUACAAGGGUACCCAGUGGGUAGGCUACGAAGAUGAGAAGAGUGUGGAGAUCAAAAUGAACUGGAUUAAACAGAAGGGCUACCUUGGAGCCAUGACUUGGGCUGUUGAUAUGGACGACUUUAGAGGACUAUGUGGGAAAACGAAUCCUUUGAUGAAGCUGUUGCAUAAGCACAUGAGCUCUUAUACUGUACCACCUGCCCGUACUGGCCACACUACACCUACUCCGGAGUGGGCCAGACCCCCUUCAACGCCAUCAGAUCCAUCUGAAGGCGCGCCGAUCCCCACAACCAGUACACAGGCACCAGUACCACAGGCUACUACCACUAAAAAGCCUACCACGCAAAAACCUACCACUCAGGAUCCCGCUCCAGCUGAGGUCCCUGAUCCUAUAGCAGAUGUUGAACAACCACCAGCGGAAAACGAAGUGGACAUCCCGAAAGUGUGCAAAUCUUCGGAUGAUUACAUUCCAGACAGAAAGAACUGUGAUAAGUACUGGCGUUGCGUGAACGGCGAAGGUAUGCAGUUUAAAUGCCAGCCCGGUACAGUAUUCAAUACUAAACUGAAUGUUUGCGAUUGGCCAGAUAAUGCUAAUCGCAACGAGUGUCGCUCAUAAAUUUAUAAGACUAAUUAAAAUUAAAGGCUGUUAUUUUGCUGCGCAGAUACGAUCUUACGAUUAAUUUUAACUGCGUACAACAAUAUUUUAGGCUGAUUGUGUAUUUCUGCUCAGAACUAUUAACUGUGUAGCGCAACAUCAACGAAUGCGACCGACAAUACAUUGUCUCACGUAAUACUAGGGAAGUAGCACAUAUAAAGAGGUUGUUUUUACUCCGCCACCCAAUAGAGGAUAGCGGCUAAUCUCAGUCCAAUCAUUAUUCCCUACGCCACCAUAAGCCUAAUUCGAAGCCUCACAACCCUUAUAUUAAAGAUCCCAAAUAAUUCUCAAGCUUUAGGGCUAAUAUCUGGUGAAAUUCUCGUUAGCAGUUAAAUAAUCCAAUAUAGAACAUGACCUACGCAGCUGAGUUAAAUGGGCCAGGCGUAUCAAUGAUAUGAUCAACAACCUAUUCGUUAGUUUUUGGGUUACACAGGGUGAUUUCACCUACUUUCCGAUCAAAAAUAAAGCAAAGCACACAUGUGUUGCACAUCGUAACACUGCGCAGCAACGAAACAGCGGCCAUAAAGAGCAUACAUACAAAAUAUUUUUUUUAAAUUAUUGAAUUCGAAAUUUGAAAUCGCAAAAGAAACAAAGGAGGGCAUGGACACCAUGUUUCAAACCCAUCUUACAAUUAAAAACGAACUUAUUCACUCAUGUUCAUCAAGUUUUUUUUACAACGUCGUGUUGGUAUUUUUACUAUUCAUAAAAUCUUAUGUAUGUUCU